AUGGAGAAGAGUGGCUCAGCCAUCUGGCUCACUCGGCGGCUGACGCGGCGCCGCUUCCCUCGGAAGAGGAAGCCUCGCAGCAAGCAGCGGCAGCGGCAGCAGGCAGGGGGGCGUGCGGCGGUGGGGAGCGGGGCGGCGGCGGCGCUGGGGGCGGCCGAAGGGGACGGCGGCGGCGGGGCCGGGCGCUCCCCGCCCGCAGGGCCGGGCGGCGGCCAGCAUGGCCCGAGCCCCCGCCGCGCCCCGGCCGUGUCCGACAGCCUGGACGCGCGCGUCCUGUGGCCGCUGGCCACCUGCCUGUGCACCGCGCUGCUCUGCCUCUGCCAGGCCCCGCGGGGCCGAGCGGCGGCGGGCGAGGAGGAGGAGGAGGAGGAAGGCGCGGCGGAGGCGGGCUCCGUGCCGCUGCUGAAGGGCUCGGCGCUGCUGCUGCUGGUGGCGGUGCUGCUGGGCAGCCUGCUGGCCCGCUGCUGCGGCUCGGCGGGGGGCGCUCAGCGGCACGGCACGGGGUCGGGCUGGGGGGCUGCUGCGGCUCGGCGGGGAGCCCUGGAGGGGUUCCACGCCCGGCAGCUGCGGCUCUCGCCCCACGUCCUGGGGCACAGCAAGGCGCACGUCGGCCGGGUGGUGGCCGAGCUGGUGCGCGCUGCCAAGGCGCAGGGGCUGCAGCCCGGCCCGCUGGCCCUCAGCCUGCGAGGGGACUUCGUGCGCAUCGGCAGCGCCUACGAGCAGCACAAGGUGCGAAGCCCAGACUGCUUCGACGUCCUGGUGCCGCUGCGCCUGCCGUCGCGCCUGGAGCCCGAGCCUCGAAGGGACCUGGGGCUGGGAUUGGGACCGGGAGCUGCCUUCGUGUGCGGGCUGCGGGCCCCUGCGGGGGCUGGUUGGCCACGCCGCUACCGGCCCUUUACUGAGGGCUUCUGCGUGGAGCCGCAGGGCCGCUGCCUGCUCUCGUCGGCGCUGGUGCUGCGCUGGUUCCAGGGCCACCUGCAGCGCUGCCUGGGCGCCGUGCGGUACCGGCUGCAGGAGCGCUGCCGCAUCAGCCUCUCGGCCUGCCCAGGGCGCCCACCGACGCUUCACAUCUUGCCUUGCUCCGACUAUGUGUGCUGCCACAUCUCCAUGGCCGUGCGCCUCAUCCCCGCCAUCCCCCUGGGCGACGCGCUCUACCUCACGGCCCUGCCGCCCGAGGGUCCGCAGGCAGCCCCGGCGCAGGAGGCCCUGUGGGGCCUGAACGCCUCGCGGCAGGAGCAGCGGCUGCUGAGCUGGUUGAAGGAGCAAGCCCCGGCCUCCUCCUGCCACCUCAAGUGCCUGCAGAUCCUUAAGGGCCUGCGGGACCUCCGCAGGCAGGGCCUGGAGGAGCCGUUCUGCUCGCUGUGGGGCCAGGUGCUCUCCUCCUACGUGCUGAAGACGGCCCUCUUCUCCCUGCUGCUGCAGGGGCCCCUGGAGGCUUGGGAUGAGCGGUUCCUGGUGGAGCGGCUGGAGGACCUGGUGAUGUACCUCAGGGACUGCCUGCGCAAGCAGGUGCUGAUGCAUUUAUUCCUGGGCAACACCAGCCUCCCCGAGGCGGUGGCGCUGCCCAGGUUCCUCAAGGAAGCCGCCCCUGUGAACUUGCUGGCUCCUUUCGACGGGCCCACGCUGGACAUGGCCGCCUUCCAGCUGCUCUACACCUGGAGCCAGGCCCCGCACCUCAUCAGGGUGUACAGCAGACCCCGGUACCUGCGGCCAACGCCUGCCCCGUGCCGGCACGUCGUCGAGGCCCGGCAGGAGCUGCACGGAGAGUGACCGACAUUGCCCGCAUGCCCGUCUGCCCAGAGCCCACAUCUCCCCGAGGAAGGUGGGAUCCGCUGAAAUGUUCUGCGGUUUUGUCCCUGACCUGAGAAAACUAGGAAACCAAAGGCCAAGACUUAAGGAAAUUGUGAUUGCUUCAGUUUUUUAAUCUCAUCCUUGUUGGUUCGUGGAGAAUUGUGAAAUUUCUGGGGAAAUGCCUUAGUGGGGAAGUGUGAAAGUUUGGUCAGCUCCAAGCAACAAUUCUGGAAAUUUGUCUUAACUUGUUGUUUUAUUGGCAAAAUUGACCUUUUUCUGAGAUUUGCUUUUUAUCAUACAAAAUCCAUUUGGGAUUUAAAAAUCUCAUGAGUGCAAACAAAACCUCCUAAUGUACCGAGAUGCUCUUAAAAUGAGAUGAGCGUUAGAGCAUGGGUGCUGAUCUCAGUUUGAAAUGCUCAAUGACAUGAUUUAAAUUUCCUGUGUAAUCUAAUACAUCGUGCUGAAUGGAAAUAUAAUAUGCAUGCUAAUGCGGCAUCGAGGGAAGAAGUUAAACCUCUCUGAUGUAUGAAGAAUCUAGUUGUGCCUUUCUGUGUUAAAUGAAGGUUUUACUGAAGGAUUGAAAUGUGGAUAAAAAGAAACAAAUAGCACUUUAUUUUCACAAAGGCCUUCAUUCUACCAUAAUUGGCUGCUCUAAAUACUUGCUAUGGGGGAGGCAUUAGUAUUUUCAUAAAGGGAUGAUGUUUGAAUCAUCCCCAAGAAAACCUUCUUUUGACAGAAAUACUCGGGAGUCCAUUUGUGGGUUCUUGGUUUUGUACCUUUUUUUUUUUUUUUGAGUAACUUUUUCUCAGAAUUUUCUUUAAUACAAGGACCAACAACAAAACAAAGACAUUUUAUAUUUGUUUCGGAACAAACCUUCAACCAGUCCAAAUCUCAGUGCUGUAAGCUGACUGCUGUGCCCUUGUGCUCUCCAGUAAGAGUGUGGUGGGAUUUUUGGAUUAAUGCCUAGCCGGUUCUCUGACUGUGGCAGUGUUUUGACCAAAUAACCUGAUGGGAUUUUCUAGUGCUGUGCUAUAGCAAAUCAUUAUCUUGUUGUGGGGAGGAGGAAGUAAAAUAUUUCAGGGUACUUGAUAAUUCUGUAGCACGAUUUCAUGGUACAGUGGGGCAGUCUUAGGCUAUGGAUUAUGGUGUCUCCUAAAUGUAAGCAUCAGUGAGAUAAUUUCCACUUCUAGUGGAAAGAUUGUUUGAGAAUACUUCGCAUAGGGUCUUACCGGGCUGAACAGGCAUCGUUUAACUGUUUGCUAAACUUCUCCCAUUGGUCUUGGUGGUGAAGUUCAGCUUGAAGGAGUGCUUGGGCUUGCGGGCCUCUGGCUGGUUGUGUCCUGGUCUCUGGAAUAACCUGGUGAGGUGUAACGCAGCUCUGCAAGUGUCCUGUGUUCCUGGUACAGGAGCCUGAUGUAUCCUAGGGUGUCAGCAAACGCAGAAUGGCAAAUCUUUGCUUUAAGUUAAAACCUUGGGUCACCUGCUCAAGUAUUUGAUGUAUUGAAAGCCAAAACCUGUUACUGAGUUGCUGAUGCUCAGGAUGUUAACAUUUGCCUGAUUACCCACUCUACUGUGUCCUAGGUGAGCAAUCUGAAAUGAAUUAUAAAUUACUAAAAGUAACUCCUGGGAAGCUUCAGGAUAACUUGAAAUUACUAAUACGCUCCUCCUCUCCCUGAUGUACAUAGAGAUACUGGUGUGCUUUAUUCACAGUUCUAUGCAACAAAGCACAAAACAAACAUUUUUUAAAUCUAUGAAGCUUUAUAAAAAUUUAUUUUUCUAAAUGGAAACACUCCCCAGGCAGAUGUUUGCCUACUUCUGUCUGUGUAUUUUUUUAACUGCUCUUGCUGUCUUAUUUUCAGGUAAUUAUAGUGUAGGUCACACCCGCAAGUUGGGUUAUUUUUAUAUAUGAAGCGCUGUGCUUCUUUCUACAAAUACAAAUAGUGUAUUUAAAGGUAGUACUGAUCAAAUGUUCUUUGCACAUGGUAUUUAAGGCUAAGUGAGCUACCUUGGUCAGUGGUGGUUUUUUUAGUUUGGUUGUUUUUUUUGUAGCAGACCAUGAUAUGUACUGUUUCUGCAGACUUGUGUUAUUUGUUGAUUGAAAUGUGAUGCAGGUCUGCAGUCAGUGGACUAGAUGCAGGUCUGCCCAAAGGACUAGAUGGCCAGUCCAGGGUACUGUGGCUGCCUGAGCUCAUGAAAAAACACUCCAGCUGUUAAUUCUGGCAUCAUAACCGCUUCAGUCAGCUGUUGGUUUGUUCACAUCGCUGUGCAUCCCUCUCUCUGAAAAGUGAUCUUUUCUGUGAAAAGGGAUGCGUGUUUGGUGUGGAUUCUGUACUGGUGGGAGUCUGUAGUAAACCUGGUAAGAACUUUGUCAUUAAAGUGUAGUAAAAGGAAGAGAUGGUUGCAUCAGGCAAUUCAUGGCAAGGAGAGAUGGAGAAAAUAAAUAGAAAAUGAAAGUUGGGCUGAGGGGUGAGUGAGACUGAUGGUAAACUCUCAGUGAAGACGCACUACAAAUAAGCCAAGGGACAUGGGGUUAAGGUUGGAGAUCUAUUGAGAGUUAGGCAGACUUGGGGUGGAGGGAAAAGAGAUUUAACUGGGUGUUAUUUUGACAGUAUUUCGAAACCAAUUGAAUCCAUCUGGGCAACCUUUCUUGAGGUGACCAUGUGCACGCUGUUGGGUGAGGGCUGAGGAAGACCUCUAGACUAACUUGCAGCUCUGUUGGGCAGCUGAGACAUUAAGUGUAUUUUCUUUAUCUGCUGCAAAGUGAGUGUUCAUGAGUCUGAUUGACAAAAGGAGCUGAUGGAAGUUGGGUUCUGUUACGCUGUUCAUCGUACUCCACAAGAAACGUGACAGUGGUAGGAACUGUAGUGUCCUGGUGCCAUUAUGGAGCCUUAUCUGCAAGGAGGUGUGUAGAGAACUUGACCUGGCGAUACUGUACUAAAUACACCAAGGUUCUGAAUAUGUGCCAUGUGUUAAGGUCGUAGCUGUUACAGUGUACUAUAGGUUCAGCAUGGUGGCCUCUGUACACGGAAACUGAAACGAAAAUGCAGAAGAAAGAGCAUGUUAUUUAGCACUAAUGUGGGUUCUUGGUUCUCUUUAUCUGCAAGCUAGUGUUACAGAGAUUUUGUGCAAAUGAAGUUGGUUUUAUUGAACAUUGGUUGGGACGGGGAGUCACACCUGCGAAAGAGUAAGUUAAUUUGCCAAAAUGCAUAUUGGCAAUGCAAUGGCAAUGCCAAAAUGCAUAUACGUGACUUCUCGUUGUAUUGAAAAAUAGUAUAUAUUUCUCAAAGACAUCAUUAUUUCUUAUCUGACUAAAUGUCUCAAAAACAUUCCUCCUCUUUUGAAUUUGAAUCUCUACAGAGUAAUGUAAAUUUCAAAUGUCUGUCUGCAAUAGAUGUUUUUGGUACAACUAUUUUUGCUGGUUAAUAAUUAGACCAAAGAUUAAACUAAAGUGUUUGGCUGCUAUUGCUAUUUUUUGUUUUGUUUUGUUUUCAAAAAAAAGUGUUUAUAGACUCAAAAUGUCAGCCCAUUUUAAUGAAACAUUUAUAAAUUCAUUUCCUAUUUAAUAUCAAAAUACAUUUGCACUUUUAUUGUUUCCAUAAAGUUGGUGUUCUUGUUUUAAUAUUUCACUGUAGUAAUAAACAGCUGUUUUAAAGCA